AUGGAACCCAAGACGGAGGUCAAGAUGGAAUCUAAGAUUAAGGCCAGAACGGAACCCAAAAGCCCCGUUAAAGGAGUUACUUUGUAUCGAGAACGCUUUAAUUUUGGUGAGAAACCACGCAUUGUGACGUCUGACGCUGCAGUCGUAGAAGAGCCACCGUACAGUACAGAUACAAAAACACAGCCGGAAACGACUAGAGACUCAGGAAACAAACACUACACACACAUGACGACAACAACAGCAGCAGUAGCAGCCGCCACUUCUUUCUCCGAUCCCAGAAACGAGACUUCAGUUUCCAUGAGCUCUUUUUCGCCAGCCACGAGAUCAGGAAUACCAUCACGACCAAGUCUGCCAGCUCACACUCCAUGGUCUUCGUCGUCGUCGCUGUCGUCGAUCAACUCCAACACCCGGGGCGGGAACAUGACCAGACGGUUGUCGUCUGAAGAAAUCAUCAACGAAAUGGAAAAGGAGCAGGAUGCCAUUGUGGUGCGGCUGCUGCGGGAAAUCGACCAGCUCAAGGACGAAAACAACCGACUACGCAAAAACUUGUGUGCCGUGCUUAACGGCGAACCCCACACUGCUAUACACACUGCGAACACCACCUCCACCACAAACACUAUAGCACCACACACAUCGCUGCCACAGCUGUCGUCGCGACGUUCGUCACUCAGCAGCAAUGCUAGUAGCGUCAACAACAACAACUCCAACCUCACCAGCUGCGCCACGAUCACCAGUAGUUUAGCCGGCUCGAGCGUUCUGGCCAUGAGACCCAACGGAACCAGUCCUGUGCCGUCACGAAGACCGUCGUCUUGUGCCGCUCCUAUCGACACUGUGACCCCAACUUUACUUUUACAACGGAAACGCAACUCUGUGCCAUCACCGGUGCCAUUGACACCCAAGAAAAGCGAUGAAUUUGCCCAUCUAUACGCUCCGGUUCCCACAUCUAAAUCGUACGCCGUGCCUGAAGCUCCGGUGGAUCUUACUGGAGGCUCUGGGUUUCGUCGACGUCGAUCUUCGAUGAAAGCUUCCGAGGGUUCCAAUAAGAUACCACGAUCUACUCAGUAG